AUGUCCAACUCCAGCGGCAUCAAUGGCCCGGCGAUCUUUGUCGCGCAAUACAUCUCCGAUGAAGCCCCAUUUAACACCCUGGAAGGAAUCGCCGAGUGGGCCGCAGGCCUCGGGUAUAAGGGGAUCCAGAUCCCUGUUGAUGAACGACUCAUUGACAUCCAGAGGGCCGCAGACGACUUAUCAUACUGUUCUGCGCUUCUGGAGACUCUCAAACGCUAUGGCAUCCAACUUACUGAGCUAUCCACACAUCUUCAAGGACAGCUCAUUGCUGUUCAUCCGGCCUAUGAUAUUCUCUUCGACGGUUUUGCUCCACAAGACGUUCGCGGGGAUCCCUCGCGGCGCGAAGCAUGGGCACGCAAUAUCCUCUUUAUGGCAGCAAAAGCAUCAAAGAACUUGGGGUUGAGAGCUCAUGCAACGUUUAGCGGAGCACUAUUGUGGGCAUACAUGUAUCCAUGGCCACAGAGACCCCAGUCGUUGGUUGACAAAGGGUUCGACGAGCUCGCAGCGCGCUGGAAGCCGAUUCUGGACGCAUUUGAUGAAGCAGGCGUUGACCUCUGCUAUGAGAUCCACCCAGGAGAGGAUCUCCACGAUGGAGUAACAUUCGAACGGUUCCUGGAAGCCGUGAAUGGUCAUAAACGAGCUUGUAUUCUCUACGACCCCAGUCACUUCGUUUUACAACAACUCGACUACCUCAGUUUUGUGGACAUUUACCAUGAACGCAUUAAAAUCUUCCAUGUCAAAGACGCCGAGUUUGUUCCAAAUGGUCGCCAAGGUGUUUAUGGAGGAUAUGGCUCAUGGACAGAACGGGCGGGGCGCUUCAGAGCUCUCGGAGAUGGCCAAGUGCAAUUCAAGGGGAUUUUCACGCGACUAAUCCAACAUGGAUAUUGUGGAUGGGCUGUGCUUGAGUCUGAAUGUGCGUUUAAGGACAAGAUGGUGUGCGCGGAGGAGGGUGCGCCAUUUAUAGCGAACCACAUCUUUCCUCUUGCAAAAACAAGUUUCGAUGAUUUUGCUGGGUCCGGUAUCAAUGACUGUCAGGUUAGCCAGAUACUAGGAAUAUCCUAG